AUGGACAAGCGCCGGAGGGCAAGAAGGGAAGCCCGCGAAAAGGCAGAACAAGAAGAGUACGAGCUCAAGAACCCCAAGAUUCAACAGCAGUUCGCCGACCUGAAGAGAGGACUGGAAAGUGUUACCGAAGAAGAAUGGGCAGCGCUACCCGAGGUUGGAGAUCUUACUGGAAAGAAUAGGCGAAGCAAACAAGCGAGACAGCAGCGCUUCUACGCUGUUCCGGAUAGCGUAUUGGCCGCCGCAGGGAGUUCCGGCGAACUUGGGAGCACUAUAGUUGAAGACGGUGCGGCAUCGACGGCCGGUGGCUCAAGUAAUCAGGAUGGGACAAUGACAAAUUUCGCCAAGAUCGGACAGGCCAGAGACAAAGUUCUUCAAGUCAGGCUCGACCAAGCAUCUCAGAGCGGAAGUACCACAUCCGGAAGCGCCACGAGCGUUGAUCCUAAGGGUUACCUAACGAGUCUAGCAAAAACCCAACUACCAGAAAGCGCGGCUCAGGUGGGUGAUAUCAACAGGGUCAGGGAACUACUCGAAUCCGUUAUCAAGACCAAUCCGAACAAUGGCCCCGGUUGGAUCGCUGCGGCUCGUCUUGAGGAACUAGCUGGUAAGAUCGUAGCAGCGCGAAACGUUAUCGCGCGAGGCUGCGAACAUUGUCCUAAGAAUGAGGAUGUCUGGCUCGAAAGCAUCCGACUUAACGAAGGACGCAACGCCAAGGUUAUUGCGGCACAAGCAAUUCAUAAGAAUAAUCGCUCAGUGCGGUUAUGGGUUGAAGCUAUGAAAUUAGAAGAUGACACUAGGUCGAAGAAACGAGUUAUACGACACGCUCUGGACCAUAUUCCCGAAUCAGAAGCCUUAUGGAAGGAGGCUGUCAACCUAGAGGAAGAUCCGGACGAUGCUAGAUUACUUUUAGCGAAGGCUACAGAGCUUAUUCCCUUGUCCGUAGAUCUGUGGCUAGCAUUAGCUAGGCUUGAGAGUCCCGAGAAUGCGCAGAAGGUGCUAAACAAAGCUCGUAAGCAUUGUCCGACAUCUUACGAGAUUUGGAUAGCUGCUGCGAGGUUGCAAGAGCAGCUAGGACAAGGAGAAAAGGUCAACGUCAUGAAGCGUGCUGCACAAGUCCUCGUCAAGGAAUCGGCGAUGCCAAAACGGGAGGAAUGGAUAGCAGAAGCAGAAAAGUGCGAACAGGAGGGUGCCAUAAUCACAUGCGGCGCGAUCAUUCGGGAAACCCUCGGUUAUGGUCUCGACGAAGAUGACGACCGUAAAGAUACUUGGCUGGAUGAUGCCCGUGGGAGUAUUAAUCGGGGCAUGUAUGAAACGGCUCGAGCCAUAUUUGCAUACGCGCUUCGAGUAUUCCCCACGAGCAAAACAAUUUGGUUAGCAGCUGCAGAUCUCGAAAGGAAUCACGGCUCGAAAGAGGAUCUAUGGCAAGUUCUUGAAAAGGCUGUUAAUGCGGUGCCUCGGAGCGAAGUAUUAUGGAUGAUGCUUGCAAAGGAGAAAUGGCAAGCUGGAGAGAUUGAUAAUGCACGUCGCGUUUUAGCCAGAGCGUUCCAGCAGAAUCCGAACAAUGAGGAUAUUUGGUUAGCAGCAGUUAAGCUUGAGGCUGAGAAUGGCCAGAUCGAUCAAGCACGAGGCUUGCUAAAGACAGCCCGGCAGGAGGCUCCGACCGAUCGUGUCUGGAUGAAGAGCGCCGUCUUUGAACGACAACUAGAUGAUCUCGAUGCAGCACUAGAUCUCGUCCAACAAGCGCUCAAUCUCUUCCCCACCUCUGCCAAGCUUUGGAUGAUGAAGGGCCAAAUUUACGAAGAUCUAAAAGAGAAGCUCGGUCAGCUACCCAAGGCCCGUUCGGUCCUCGAUCGCGCGCGCCUCGCCGUACCUAAAUCCGCGGAGCUAUGGUGCGAGUCGGUGCGUGUAGAGAGACGAGCACAAAACACAAAACAGGCUGAGUCGCUAAUGGAGCGAGCGCUCCGCGAUGUACCAAAAACGGACCAGGGUAUCUUAUGGAGUGAGAAGAUAUGGCAUCUAACAACGCGGCCGCAGCGGAAGCCCCGCGCUCUUGAGGCGAUCAAGGAGGUAGAUAACGACCCAGCACUGCUAGUAGCUGUAGCGCGCAUCUUCUGGGGCGAGCGACGACUCGAGAAGGCUCAGAACUGGUUCGAGAAAGCAUUGGUGAGGGACUCGGACCUGGGCGAUAGCUGGGCGUGGUACUACAAGUUCCUGCUCGAGCACGGGACGCAGGAGAAGCGCGAAGAAGUCGUUAGUAAAUGUAUUAGCGUGGAGCCCCGGCACGGCGAGGUCUGGCAGGCGAUAGCGAAGAACCCAAAGAAUGCGCGUAAGGGCGUCGAGGAAGUUUUGAAACUUGUUGCUGCUGAGCUGCACUAG